UUUCUCCUCGGGCUUUUCUUUUAGGUGUUUCCUGCGAUCUCUCUCUCUCUUCCGUCGUCUCUUUUCUUCUCUCUCUAGAAUCUCGAAGAGCAGCCAUUAACCCAUUCGAAGAAUAAGCUUCUCUUUGCUCUUUCUUCCACCGACCCAGUUCGAGGAAGGAGAUACACUUUUUGGCACAUAAGACAACCUUGCAGGGAGAAUGGCCGAGAUUGUUAACGAGGAUUCUCGAACGCAAUCAAUGGUGGAAAGCUCAAAUGGACAGAGAAGCCAAUCGGGGGAAGCAAUUGUGGAGUGGCGGUCGUCUGAUCAACUGGAGAAUGGAACUCCGUCGACGUCUCCUCCUUACUGGGACACUGAUGACGAUGAUGAUGGGCAAAAACCCUCUGAACUAUAUGGGAGACAUACAUGGAAGAUUGAUAAAUUCUCGGAGAUCAACAAAAGGGAGCUCCGUAGCAGUGCUUUUGCCGUUGGUGGCUUCAAAUGGUACAUUUUGAUUUAUCCCCAGGGCUGUGAUGUUUGUAACCAUCUGUCUUUGUUUCUCUGUGUUGCAAACCAUGAUAAGCUUCUUCCAGGAUGGAGUCAUUUCGCUCAAUUUACUAUAGCUGUGGUGAAUAAAGAUCCAAAGAAAUCGAAAUACUCAGAUACUUUACACCGAUUCUGGAAGAAAGAGCAUGAUUGGGGAUGGAAAAAGUUUAUGGAGUUACCCAAACUGCAGGAUGGAUUCAUUGAUGAUUCUGACUCUCUUAUAAUAAAGGCUCAAGUUCAGGUCAUCAGAGAGAGGGUGGACCGGCCAUUUCGCUGCCUUGAUUGUCAGUAUAGGAGAGAACUCGUUAGGGUCUAUUUGACAAAUGUAGAGCAAAUUUGCCGGCGCUUCGUGGAAGAGAGAAGAAGCAAGCUGGGGAGGUUGAUAGAGGACAAAGCUAGAUGGACGAGCUUCUGUGCCUUCUGGUUAGGGAUGGAUCAAAAUUCCAGAAGGCGAAUGUCAAGGGAGAAAAUGGACGUGAUUCUAAAAGUAGUCGUGAAACACUUCUUCAUAGAGAAGGAAGUCACAUCCACUUUGGUGAUGGAUUCAUUGUAUAGUGGGUUGAAGGCUCUUGAAGGCCGCCUAUCUAAGGACAAGAAAAAUAGGCCAAGACUGUUGGAUGCUGAAGAAUCACCGGCUCCAAUUGUUAGUGUGGACAAAGAUAUGUUUGUAUUAGUCGAUGAUGUUCUGUUACUCCUAGAAAGGGCUGCUCUGGAGCCUUUGCCCCCAAAAGAUGAAAAAGGUCCUCAAAAUCGUACAAAGGAGGGCAAUGCUGGAGAGGAGUUCAACAAGGAAGCCAUUGAGCGUGAUGAGAGACGUUUAACUGAACUGGGUAGACGGACUGUGGAAAUAUUUGUUCUUGCCCAUAUAUUCAGUAACAAAAUCGAGGUUGCAUACCAAGAAGCUGUAGCGUUGAAAAGACAGGAAGAGCUUAUCCGUGAAGAAGAGGAAGCGUGGUUGGCAGAAAGUGAACAGAGGGCCAAAAGAGGAGCCGAGAAAGAGAAGAAAUCUAAGAAGAAGCAGGCAAAACAGAAAAGGAACAAAAACAAAGGAAAGGAGAAGAAAAAGGAAGAAAAGGUGAGUUCCCCAACAGAUGACAAGGAUAGUGAGGAAAACCAAGGUGACGAGAAAAAGGACUCUUUGACAGGGAAUGCUCAAUCCACCGUGGAAAAACCCGAAACUUUCGGAGAUGUUUCCGACAUAUCUGAUUCGGUGGAUGGUUCGGGUGAAAUCCUUCAGCCUGAUUCAGAAGAUAGAGACAGUAGCCCUGUUCAUUGGGAUACUGACACAUCCGAGAUUGUUCCUACUCCCACAGGAGGCAGUAGCAGCAGAGGAAGAGACAGUUCCAUAUCUAUUUCUAAUGGAGUUUCGGAGAGAAAGAAUCAGUCUGUGAUGGAUGAUAGUUCAUCCACGUGUUCUAAUGACUCAACUCUUUCAGGGGUAACCAAUGGAUUCCACAAAGGGAAUAUGUUAAAUCAUCACUACAACCAUAACAAGUCCCCGAGCAAAGGAAAGACUCAGAACCGGGCUUCUUCCGAGCGAUGCAAGGUCAGUGUAUCAGAAGCCGAUGCAGUUGUCUCCUCCAUUCGGGAAGCCGAGAGGUCUGGGGAGCGUAGUCCUGUUAAGAAUGUACACAAUGUGCAGAUGAAACAAAACGCGGUGAACACUUUUGAUAUGGACCGGCCUAAAGAGAAGAGCGCUGCUUCUCCGAGAAGUGGUCCUAGGAAUCCUACCUCGGUUCUGCAGCCGAAACCAGAGGAAAAAGGUGUUACGAGCAUCGACACGGUUCCAGCCCGGAAAAUAGCAUCGAAUGGACCACCGUCUUCAUCAGAUCAAGCAUCGGUAACCCUGAAUAUUCAGUCACGCACAGUGACAGUGGGCCCGAGGUCUGAGGUGCAGAAGGAGGCUUUAGCUCCGAAACCUGCUGAAAAAUCCAUGGCCCAAGUGACACCUUCCAUAUCAAGGCCUUCCAGUGCUCCUAUAAUCCCUCCCAAGCUGCAGGCAAGCCCUAUAGUCUCGAUGGUUCAAACCACCAGUUCGCUUGCAAGGUCAGCUAGUUCAGCCGGCCGGUUGGGUCCUGACCCGUCUCCGAGCAGCCAACCCUUCAUUCCUCAAUCCUACAAAAGUGCUAUAGUGGGUAACACCCCCGCCGGUUCGUCUAGUUUUAACCGCUCGAGCUCUCCAGCUGCGGGAGUAAACUCAUUGCCACCGUACUCGCAACCGCCUCCAAGUUCUGGAUCCUAUCAGUCAGGCUUUCCUUUCAGUCUCGGUUCUCGGGAUGGCUCAUCAGGUGGGCUCAUGUGGACAGGAGGGAGUUCGAGUUCGAGUUCUCAGAGGGAUAGAACCAUCAGCAGCAUGAACCGGGACGCCCUUAAAGCAGCUAACCCCUACACACCCAUAGGAAGCAGGUCUCUGGAACAGACACAGAGCCUGGUAACUGAUGAGUUCCCUCACCUGGACAUCAUCAACGACCUGCUCGAAGAUGAACAUGGAAGCAACAUGAUGAUGGCGGGAAGUGGGUUCCAUGUUGUACCCCAACUGUUCAACAGCAGCAGCAGCAGCCAUUACACAUAUCAUCAUCAUCAUCACGGGACAGGGACAGAGCUCGGUCUCUCAGGUGAGUUGUUGUCUUGCAGGUCCUCGAGGAGUUACAGUGAUGAAGGGUUCCACCAUGGAUAUGGCCAUUUCGACUCAUACAUGCCCCAUUCCUCUGCCUCUGCUUCACCCUAUGGAAAUGGGCAAAUGGAUGGGUUGAUACCGACGCAGUGGCGAAUGGCGAACAUGGACCUGUCUUUACGUGCGAUGAGGAAUCCCGAUGAAGCUGCUUACCCGCCCUUUGGAUCAGAGGCUUCGAAUUCAAACCCGAAUUUAUCGGCAAACAUCAAUGGCGGCUAUGCAGAAUUCAGGCCUUCAAAAGGGCACUGAGAAGGGUAUGAAGCCGGAAUGAGUUACUGCAUUCAACAAUAGGUGUUACAUUUGAGGAGAUGACACUCAUAAGGGUCUUGGUUUAAUGAGUGGGAUUGUAAUCUUUAAAAAAACAACAACAUGAAAAAACAUGUGUAAAGAGAGUGUCUUUGGCUCUUCUUUCGAAUGAAUCUUUUCUUUUUCCUA